AUUGUUUUCAUUUACUGGGAAACACAACUGUUUUGCUUUUAUAAACAUGUUUAGCUUUAACAACAACCAAACCGGAAAUUCAAACACUGGUUUUACUUCCACCAGUGCUAAUACCAACGCCAUUGGCGGUGGCAGUUUAUUUCAGCCUCUUAAUCAAUUCUCUAGUCCAGUCACUCAAAAUCAAGUUCGAAAUCAAAAUCAGUUCCAAGCUCAGAAUAAUUUGAGCUUAAAUCAAAAUCAAAAUCAAAAUAACCAAUUUCAAAAUUUAAACCAAAAUCAAAACCAAAAUCAAAAUCAAAAUCAAUCUCAAAAUCAAAAUCAAAAUCAAUCUCAACCUCAACCUCAAUUCAAUCUUUUAAAUAAUACUAAUGCUGCUAAUUUAAAUAAUUACAAUACAAAUAUCAACAACAACAACAUCAAUACUACUAAUAAUAAUAACCCGAUAAACAAAAUCAAUGAAACAAUUGAUAAUGAAAAUUCUAUUUUUUCUAACAUAAAUAAACCUGCCCAACCUUCGAAAUCCUGGUAUUUUGAAAGAAAAUCUAGGCAAUUACCAUUAACCGUUGUUCCACGAUCAAUUAAUUCAUCUGACAUAAACGAUUUUGAUUCAUCUGAAGAAUUAUUAAUUAACAAUGACAUCAAUAUUCUUAACAAUCAAGAUUCUUUAAAAAUUUUCAAUAAAUCUUUAUCUUCUGCUUCCGCUGUUACAUCUCCAACUUCAAAUAAAAAAAAAAUCUUGUAUAAUUCAGCUUUAAAAAUUAAUUCGAAAAAUAAUAAAUUGAAUAACAAACUAAAUAACAACUCAAAAAUCUCAAACUCUUCUAAUGUCGUUAAGAUUAAUGACAACCAAUAUAUUAAUCUAUACAACUCAAAGUUAUCCCAAAAUGACAUCAUCGAUUUAAUCAAUAUCAAUAACAACAAAAAUAACGAGGAAUUACCCCCAAAGAGAUCUUUUUUAGAUUUAGAUAAUGAUUAUGAUUUUGACAACACAAUUGAUACUGAUGAUGACAACGAUAAUGCAAAUCAAAACUCUCGUAAUGAUCGCAAGAAAAAAUUGUUAAAGCCGUCCUUUUUCGAUUCAAUAAAUAACUCAAUAAAUUCAAAUAAUACUACUAAUAACCCUAUUAAUAACCCUAUAAAAAAUGAAAACAAAAUAGAUAUCUCUUUUAAUGCUUUUGAUAACUUUUUAAAUUCUUCCCAGGAUUUAAAAUUCAUUUCAAAUAUAAGAGAUAGUAAAUAUAAAAAUCAAUCAACUAGAAAAAAAUUUUAUAACAAAAAUAAUUCUUACAAUAAUAGUAACAUUAAUAAGAAUACUAAUAGUAGCAAUAAUAAUGAUAAUAAUAACAAUGAUUUUAAAAAUGAUUUCAAACUAAAAGAAUUUAACUCAUUCUUGGUCUAUGGCUAUAGAGAAGCUGACUCAGAAUUAAUUAUACAGCAUUUUGCCAAAUAUGGCAGAAUAUUAGAAGAUUUUCAAAUUUUAAGAAAAUUCAAUUAUUCUUCAAAUACUUUAAUUAGCAAUAACAAUUUUAACAAUUUCAAUAACCUUAAUGGCAACUUUAAUAUCGAUAAUAAUCAUGAUAAUGACAAUGACAAUGAUGAUAGGGAAAAUUUUAAUGAAAAACAUUUGCCAAUUUAUACCGGAAAUAGAUGGAUCAAGUUGACAUAUGACAAUCAUUCUUCAUUAUUAAGAGCUAUAAAAGAUAAUAAUUUAAAAUUUAAAGGCAGUUCAACAAUUUUUGUUGAAAUUUUUUCAAACAGAUUGUUUGAUAAAUUAAAUUUAUCAAAUGAUUCAAAUAAAAUUAUAGAUGAUUUGGUUGAAGAAAAAUUAAAGUUACUACAAGAUAAUCAAGAUAAUCAAGAUAAUAACAAUGAAAAUAAAAAUAAAAAUAAAAAUAUAAAAAAACAGUACAAUAGAUCCAACCAAACAGCUGAUUAUGCAGAUUUGGAUACAUCAAUAAUUUAUGAAAAUACUUUUAUCAGAAAUACUUCAAAUAAUAUUGAUACAGAUAUUGAUAGUAUUACAUUAAAUAGUUUGGAUGAAAACAAAAAUAACCAGAAAUUCAACAAAAACAAUCAAAAAUUUAAUAAAAAAAAUCAAAGUUUUAAAAACAAAAAUUAUUCAAAGAAUGACUAUAGAAAAAAUCAUAAGAAGUCAGAUAAUAAUUUAGAAAACAAGCUUUCUGAAAAUAAAUCUGGAAAUAGUGACAACAAUAACAAAGAUAAGAACCAAACUGAUAAUAAAUAUAAAAACGAAGAUAAAAAUGAAAAUGAAAAUGAAAAUGAAAAUGAAAAUGAAAAUAAAAAUAAAAAUAAAAAUAAAAAAAUAGAUAGGAAACUAAAACAAUUCGAUUCUAGUGGCAUUGAUAGGGCUUCUGGGGGUUCUGAGUUUAGAAAUAAUAACAAGUAUAACAACAGUAACAUAAAAGGUAAUAUCAUUGAACUAAAAGAUGGAAAGAAUUUGUUUAUCAAAAAGCCUAAUAAAGAUAAAAAAAUAAAGUCAAUUCAAGAAAGUUUUGUUGCCAAUUAUGAAAAAUCGAGCAAAGAAGAGCUGAAUCGUAAAGGCUUUAUUGAGAGAGGGCUACAGUGGGCAUUUGGGUAUGAUAUUUUGUAAGAUAUUUAAACGAUUUAAAAGAUUCAUAAGAUGCUUCAUACGAUAAUUUUCACAAAACCGCCGGUGUGUCGCAAAUUUCGGUUUCGAACCGUCUCUUUAAAUUCCGAGCAAUUCCGAGCAUAACUUCGCAACUGUGUAUUGCUGUGCAUAUCCAGAAAGAGCAACUAGGUGCUCACCACGCUCAAGUCAACGCGU